CUCAGCCCGCAGCCGGCCUCGCCAGCCUGCCCUCGCCGCUCCGGGCAUGGGCCCCUCUGUUCCUCGCCUUCCAUCAUCCUCUAUCCCCUCAGCGCCAUCCCGACCCGUCAUGGCCCCUCUGCUCCCCGCCUUUCCCCUCAGCGCCAUCCCGACCCGUCAUGGCCCCUCUGCUCCCCGCCUUUCCCCUCAGCGCCAUCCCGGCCUGGCAUGGCCCCUCUGCUCCCCGCCUUUCCCCUCAGCGCCAUCCCGGCCCGGCAUGGCCCCUCUGCUCCACGCCUUUCCCCUCAGCGCCAUCCCGGCACGGCAUGGCCCCUUUCCUCCACGCCUUUCCCCUCAGCCGCCAUCCCGACCCGUCAUGGCCCCUCUGCUCCCCGCCUUUCCCCUCAGCGCCAUCCCGGCCUGGCAUGGCCCCUCUGCUCCCCGCCUUUCCCCUCAGCGCCAUCCCGGCCCGGCAUGGCCCCUCUCCUCCACGCCUUUCCCCUCAGCCGCCCUCCCGCGCCCGGCCCGCCCUCAGGGCUGCCCGCGCCGCCCUGCAGGAAGUGAUGGCGGCCGAGGGAGGAGGAAGAGCGGCCGCGGGUCGACUUUACUUGGUUGAUACAAUAGCAGGAGAUCCAGAGGUUCUUCAAGCAGAUGCUGAAACAUACUAUGAAAAACUCUUGAAGAAGUCAUUCACUCCUGAAGUUUUUUCCAUCCCUGGAGGAGGAGAGGUUAAACUUGAAGAUUCCUGUGUGUGUUUUGUCCCUCUCUACCGAAAUAAUCCUACUUGCAAACUGUUGCUGUUAACUGAUCCAAAGGAUAAAGAGACAGUUUUGGCAGUUUACUUGAGCCAGCGUUGGUGGCCUGUGGAAGAUGUUGUGAAGACGGCUGAUCCUGCUAGAGAUGGGCUUGUUUUGGUCCAGACAUUUGGAGAAAGGAUUGUCCUCUUUGUUCUGAACUGCAUUAUUUUUGGAAUGCUGGAAGGGAGUUCAGCUAAUGAUGCAUUCUUUCUACCUCACUCUGCCACCGAGCGUGCCAAGAUACUCUGGAGAAACGGCGAGGCUGCUGCCUUUUACUCGGUCAAGAUGAAAGGGAGCCUGUGUGAUGGUACAACCAGUCAGUGUUACCUGCUGCCUGUUUUGGAUACUAUAUUCGUCCAGAGAAAGUACAGAAGAGGUGGCCUAGGGAUGAAAAUGUUGCAUGAUUUCUGUCAGUCUUUCCUGGCUGAGGAUGCCUUGGGGAUCAGCUGCCCUAUUUCUGCUGCCAUGUAUCAAGUUUGCCAGAAAUUCCUGCAGGCUCAUCCUGAGGAGCAGAAGCGACUGUGGGAAGUGGAAGCACCAGGAGAUUGGAGCCAGCGAGUGAAUAUCUGGUUAAAAAUUCAGAUGGAGUCAUCCCCUUCAGGAAAGGCUGAAGUGGGCUCGUGUAUGGAAAAGACUUCAGCCAGUAAACCCAGACAAUCGGAUGUGGACCAGAUGAAUAAGGGUGUUGACUGCUUUCCUGGGGUUGGGCAAGUGGCAAGAAAUGCCACAGAGAAAAAGGAUGAUACAGCAGCAGCAGAGACUCUAAACUCACAAGGUCCUGAAGAGAAGGACUUGGAACAAGGUGCAGGUGAUGCUCAGCAACAUAAAGGACUCAGGAAAAGAGCAGGUCCUGGGGACUUAGUUGUAGACAAAGCCACCAAACAAUUUAAAACUACACCAUAAUUGCUAUUUCAGAAAUCAUCAAAAUUCAGUAUGAUCUUAAAAAUUAUAAUUGACUGUUCUUAAUUUGUAACAGUGGAGAAAUUUCUUAUUCUUACAAUGAAUUUUUUUUGCAGCACACGUUCUUAAUUUUAUGUUUUGUUUUAAAUAAAGCUUUUGUUUACUGAGU